AUGGGCCACAAUCUGCGUACAUCAAGAAGGCACGGUCGCAGACAGAAUCAACUCAUGGACUACAACACGCCAGUGACCGCACCCAAUACAACAGAAUCUUGGGAAGAGCGACUGCAGCGUCUAGAAGAAGCCAUUAUGCCACAAACAGACAGCAACGCUGCGCAAUAUCAAGAAAAGAUGUGCGCAGCAUCCGACCGAAAAGGCCAAAAGAAGUAUGUGAACUUCUAG